AUGGCCGGAACGCACGCCGCCCGUCUUAAGCGCUGCUUUUCACUGCGUCCCCGCCGCGCGCCCUGUCUCGGAUGUACGGGUGGCAGUCACACGUCACGUGAUCGUUGUGUCGUGCCGCAACCCAUGUCUUUGCCGAAUCGGGCAAAGCCCGCGCUGGCGAUUGGCGCGCCGAUUUACGCGUCCGUUCGUCGAUCGCCUGACCACCGAUUGGCCAAGGGGAGCCCGCGCCCGCCCGCCAGGCAACCGCGGGGUUGCCACGCGCCACAAAGGACAAUCGCCCGCCCGCUUUUUGCCAGGCCGGGCGCACCGGCCUGCGCGAACAGACUAAUUCGCCGCCCGCCACACCGAACGUUCGGCGCCCACUGCUCCCCACCCGCGCCCCGGCCCAGAAUGCCAGUCAGCCGCCACCCCCAACCGACGGCGUAUUAUCUUCUUUUCGCUACUACCGUUCCUGGUAUUGUUAUGGUCGCGCGCCAGGCUCCGCCGCUUUUGCAGGAACCCCAGGAGCCGAUGCGCAAGCGCAAGACCAUAGCUUCAUUGUAUAUAAGCCCAUCGUUUGGUUGGGGUUUCCUGCCGCAUUAA